CCAGUCAGCCCCGUUGCUAUGGGGACUGGUGGACGGCGAGGGGGGAAAGCCCCGGAUGUUCGUUGGGGAUUCAACAUGGCGGCGGCAGUGGCCGUGGUGGCGGCGGCACAAGAGAGCUGAGGGCGGCGUGAGGGCGCCGAUUUCCGGGCCGAGCAGCUAGGCCGCGAGCGACUGCGGUGCCGAGCCGGCUCCACGUGGUCCCGUCCACCCUCUUCUCCUGCUGGACUGUCGCAUCCUCCUCCUCCCAGGUGUCCCUGCUCCUGCCCUGCCCCCCCCACACAGCCACCGGGAGCCUGUGAACACCUGAGUCUGGCCACAUCCCUCCCCUGCUCAGAACCUUCCUGUUGCUCCGUCUCACUCAGAUGAGUAACCCGAAGCCCCAAGAGGAGACUUCUCGUGCCCAAGGGCACUUCUAGCACAGCCAGCAUCAAACCAGGCCUGCCGGUAGGAGCCCAAAUCUGCACCCUCACCACGCUGAGAGCCUGGCGCCAUGUUUGGGAAGAAGAAGAAGCGGGUUGAGAUCUCGGCACCGUCUAACUUCGAGCACCGCGUGCACACGGGCUUCGACCAGCACGAGCAGAAGUUCACGGGGCUGCCCCGCCAGUGGCAGAGCCUGAUCGAGGAGUCAGCUCGCCGGCCCAAGCCCCUCAUCGACCCCGCCUGCAUCACCUCCAUCCAGCCUGGGGCCCCCAAGACCAUCGUGCGGGGCAGCAAAGGCGCCAAGGAUGGGGCCCUCACGCUGCUGCUCGACGAGUUUGAGAACAUGUCGGUGACGCGCUCCAACUCCCUGCGGAGAGACAGCCCGCCGCCACCCGCCCGUGCCCGCCAGGAAAACGGGAUGCCCGUGGAGCAGGCCGCCACGGCCAGAGGGGGCCCAGAGAAGGCGGGCGGUCAAGGCUGGGUCGCCGGUCGCAGCGAGGCGGGUGGCAGCAGUGGAGACAGGCGGCGGGUGGGGCCGGACAAGAGGCCCAAGUCUUCCAGGGAGGGCUCAGGGGGGCCCCAGGAGUCCUCCCGGGACAAGCGCCCCCUCUCUGGGCCUGACGUCGGCACCCCCCACCAGCCUGCCGGUCUGGCCAGCGGGGCGAAAGUGGCAGCUGGCCGGCCCUUUAACACGUACCCGCGGGCCGACACGGACCACCCAUCCCGGGGCGCCCAGGGGGAGCCUCACAACGUGGCCCCCAAUGGGCCAUCGGUGGGGGGCCUGGCCGUCCCCCAGUCCUCCUCUGCCUCCCGGCCCCCCGCUCGAGCCCACGGCCCCCCCAGCCCUGGAGUGCUGGGCCCCCACGCCUCCGAGCCCCAGCUGGCCCCUCCAGCCCGCACCCUCGCCGCCCCCCCUGCACCCCCCGCCCCUGGACCCCCCGGACCCCGCUCGCCACAGCGGGAACCCCAGCGAGUGUCCCACGAGCAGUUCCGGGCUGCCCUGCAACUGGUGGUGGACCCCGGCGACCCUCGCUCCUAUCUGGACAACUUCAUUAAGAUCGGCGAGGGCUCCACGGGCAUCGUGUGCAUUGCCACCGUGCGCAGCUCGGGCAGGCUGGUGGCCGUCAAGAAGAUGGACCUGCGCAAGCAGCAGAGGCGCGAGCUGCUCUUCAAUGAGGUGGUGAUCAUGAGGGACUACCAGCAUGAGAACGUGGUGGAGAUGUACAACAGCUACCUGGUCGGGGACGAGCUCUGGGUGGUGAUGGAGUUCCUGGAGGGAGGCGCCCUCACCGACAUCGUCACCCACACCAGGAUGAACGAGGAGCAGAUCGCCGCCGUGUGCCUGGCCGUGCUGCAGGCCUUGUCCGUGCUCCACGCCCAGGGGGUCAUCCACCGGGACAUCAAGAGCGACUCCAUCUUGCUGACCCACGAUGGCAGGGUGAAGCUGUCGGACUUUGGGUUCUGUGCCCAGGUGAGCAAGGAGGUGCCCCGGAGGAAGUCCCUGGUCGGCACGCCCUACUGGAUGGCCCCGGAGCUCAUCUCCCGCCUCCCCUACGGGCCAGAGGUGGACAUCUGGUCUCUGGGGGUGAUGGUGAUCGAGAUGGUGGAUGGGGAGCCCCCCUACUUCAAUGAGCCACCCCUCAAAGCCAUGAAGAUGAUUCGGGACAACCUGCCACCCCGACUGAAGAACCUGCACAAGGUGUCGCCAUCCCUGAAGGGCUUCCUGGACCGCCUGCUGGUGCGUGACCCGGCACAGCGGGCCACGGCGGCUGAGCUGCUCAAGCACCCAUUCCUGGCCAAAGCGGGCCCGCCCGCCAGCAUCGUGCCCCUCAUGCGCCAGAACCGCACCAGAUGAGGCCCAGCGCCCUGACCCUGAACCAAAGAGCCCCUUGGGUCACCCCUGCCCUGCCAGAGGCCAGUGGAGGGCCGGCCCCUGCCCCUCCCAGCCCAGGAGACACUCUGUAUGGCACUGCCCUCCUUGCUGGGGGGUGUGCGGGACCCUACUACUGAACUGCCGUUUUGAUUUUGGGACUUUUAAAAAAGCGCAGGGACUUGUGGGAGCACACGAGGCUCCCAGGACCCGCCAACCCUCUGGGACAGGCCCGCCCCAGUGUUGUCCUGUCUCCAGGAAGGACGGGCAGCCUUCCCAUCACUGGAAAUCUGCAGUGGGGGCCGCCAGGGGUGGAGACAACACUACGAAAGAGGUGUGUGUGCGUGUGUGUGUGUGUGUGUGUGUGUGCGUGCGCACGCGCGUGUGUGUACACGCAUGUGUGCAUGUAGAAGGUCCAGCUCCUCUGUCCUCCAGCCUGCGAGUGCGUGUCUCUGAGACCUCGCCUGAUCCACAGCCCCUCCCCCCUGAGCCAUUGCGGGGGUCGAUCAUGAAUGUCUGAAGAGUGGCCUUUUCCCUUCGCCCCACACCCCUCUCUGUGGCUGGAUGCGGAGACAGGGGUCAGGGCUUCCCACCCACCCCCAGCCUCUGCAGAACAUGACUACUGCACCUGGAACAGCCUCCUCUUUUCUAGAAGUCUAUUUAUAUUGUCAUUUUAUAACACUCUAGCCCCCAUCUGGGGACGGAUGGUCCCUGUCCCGCGGGGUGGCACCGGGGACAGGACCACUGCUUGAAGAAUCGGGUUCCUGCCCCCUCAGCACAGCCCCGCCCACCCCUCCCUCAACUUAGUUUUACAA